AUGAAGAAGUUUACCUAUAUAACAAUUGUUAUAAUUACUGCAGCUGUCUUAAUUAUUUGUCCCAUUGGGGGAGAAUCGAAAUUUUUGCCAACCCAAACAAAUAAUUCAGAAGCUGAAGACAUCAUCGUACAGAAAAAUGACAUGAAUAACCAAUCAACAAUUGAAACAACAACAUACGAAAAAUACUUUUGUAAUACAUCUUCUGUAUUUUACAUGAAAGAUGGAGCAUUUAAAUUGUUGCCAAUCCAAACAAAUAAUUCAGAAGCUGAAGACAGCAUCGUACAGAAAAAUGACAUGAAUAACCAAUCAACAAUUGAAACAACAACGUACGGAAAAUACUUUUGUAAUACAUCUUCUGUAUUUUAUAUGAAGAAUGUUUGUAACGAUUCUUCAACCUACGGAAUAGAUUUAUCUUACAGGGGUUUAACAUCUUUACCACAAGGAAUAUUUGAUGGAUUGACCUAUCUAAACUUUUUAUAUAUCAAAGAGAAUAGUUUAACAUCUCUUCCACAAGGAAUAUUCAAAGGAUUAAAGUCUCUAAAAUUGUUGGAUUUGUCAGUAAAUAAACUGUCGAGUCUUGAAAAUAAUACUUUUAAUAGCUUGUCCAAUCUUGAAACUCUAGAUAUCAGUGAUAAUAAUUUAACAUCUCUUCCACAAGGAAUAUUCAAUGGAUUGAUAUCUAUAAUUUCUUUGGAAUUAUAUUCAAACAAACUGUCAAGUAUUGAAAAUAAUACUUUUCAUGGCUUGUCCAACCUUAAAACUCUAGAUAUCAGUGAUAAUAAUUUAACAUCUCUUCCACAAGGAAUAUUCAAUGGAUUGAUAUCUCUAAUUUCUUUGGAAUUAUAUUCAAACAAACUGUCAAGUAUUGAAAAUAAUACUUUUCAUGGCUUGUCCAAUCUUACUAAUUUAGAUAUCAGUGAUAAUAAUUUAACAUUACUCCCACAAGGAGUAUUCAAUGGAUUGAUAUCUCUAAUUUCUUUGGAAUUAUAUUCAAACAAACUGUCAAGUCUGGAAAAUGAUACUUUUCAUGGCUUGUCCAGUCUCACUGAUUUAGAUAUUAGUGAUAAUAAUUUAACAUCUCUUCCACAAGGAAUAUUUAAUAAAUUACAGUCUCUAGAAUCGUUGCGUUUAUCAUCAAAUAAACUGACAAGUCUUGAUUAUGAUAUUUUUAAUAGCUUGUCUAAACUCACUUAUUUAUACAUCACAAAUAAUAACUUAGCAUCCCUUGAACAUGAAUUAUUUAAUGAAUUGAAAUCUUUAACAGUUUUACAUUUGCGAUCCAACGAACUGACAAGUCUUCCUUCUAAUAUUUUCAAUAAGUUGAUCCAUCUUAUCGAUUUAGAUAUUGGUAAUAAUGAUUUAACAUCUCUUCCACAAGAUAUAUUCAUUGGAUUAAAGUCUCUUAAUUCGUUGGAUUUAUCAUCAAAUAAACUGACCAGUCUAGAGCUUAAUACCUUUCAUAAUUUACACAAACUUAAAUAUUUAUUUAUUAAUAAUAAUAAUUUAACAACUCUUCCACAAGGAAUACUUGAUGAAGCGGAAUCUAAUAUUUUCGAUGACUUGGUCAAUCUUAGAGUUUUAGAUAUUCGUAAUAAUAAUUUGACAGAUCUUCCAACUUAUAUUUUCCAUAAAAAUCAAAAGCUGGAAGGAGUUAUAUUUUAUUUCUGCAAAAGAUCAAAGGAAAAACCAGUCGAUAAAAAAUAUGCCAAGCUUGGAAGGUAA